AUGGAGGCGGCGGCCUCAACUGCUGUGGCGGCGGCCAAGGAGGCGGCGCUGGCCGCGUCUGCCGCGGCAUCGACGGCAGAGAAGGAGGCGGCAGUGGCGGCCGCGACUGCGAAGGAGGCGGCGGCGGCCUCAGCUGCUGCGGUGGCUGCUAAGGAUGUGGCGUUGGCCGCGUCUACUGCGGCAUCGGUUGCUGCGAACGAGGCGGAGGUGGCGGCUGUGACUGCGUCGGAGGCAGCGGCGACUGCGAAGGAGGCGGCGGUGGCGGCUUUGGCUGCUGCGUCAAAUGCGAAGGAUGCAUCAGCUAUGGCCGCGACUACAGGGGAGGUGGCGGCCGCCGCCGCCGCCGCUACGACGGCGGCAAUGCAGGCAUCCAAGAAGCGUAAGUUCCACCUUAUCUGCGACCAAGAUCAACCGGGGACUGGAAGCUCGGAUGAUGUUGAUGGGGGGAUCGCUGAUCACGUCAGCCGCCUCCCCGACGCCGUCCUCGGCAGCAUCGUGUCUCUUCUCACCACCAAAGAAGGUGUCCGCACGCAGAUCAUCUCCCUCCGGUGGCAUCCGCUCUGGCGCUCAGCUCCUCUGAACCUCGUAGUGGAUUGCAAGACCAUUGACAUGGUUCCAAAGAUCCUCUCUGUGCAUUGCGGCCCUGCACGCCGCUUCUCGAUCGAGGAAGACAAGCCCUAUACCUUUGACACGGGCGGAGGUGGCGGCUGUGACUGCGACGGAGACAGCGGCGACUGCGAAGGAGGCGGCGGUGGCGGCUUCGGCUGCUGCGUCAAAUGCGAAGGAGGCAGCGGCUGUGGCGGCGACUACAGGGGAGGUGGCGGCGGCGGCCGCCGCCGCUGCGACGGCGGCAAUGCAGGCUUUUCCAAGAAGCGUAAGUUCCACCUUAUCUGCGACCAAGAUCCACCGGGGAGUGGGAGCUGCGAUGAUGUUGAUGGGGGGAGCGUCGAUCUCAGCAAUGAUGUUGAUGGGGGGAGCGUCGAUCUCAGCGAUGAUGUUGUUGGGAGGAGCGUCGAUCUUAGCGAUGAUGUUGAUGUGGGGGUCGUCGAUCUCACUGAUGAUGUUGAUGGGGGGAGCGUCGAUCUCAGCGAUGACGUUGAUGAGGGGAGCGUCGAUCUCAUCAGCUAUUUUGAUUUGGGGAGUGCCGAUCUCAUCAGCCGCCUCCCCGACGCCGUCCUCGGCAGCAUAGUGUCUCUUCUCCCCACCAAAGAAGGCGCCCGCACGCAGAUCAUCUCCCGCCGGUGGCGUCCGCUCUGGCGUUCCGCUCCUCUGAACCUUGUAGUGGACUACAAGAUCAUUAACUUGGUUCCAAAGAUUCUCUCUGAGCAUCGUGGCCCCGCACGCCGCUUCUCAAUCGAGGACUGUUACGUCGAAGGCAGGCUUGGUCCCUAUACCCGGAGUAUCUAUAUAGAAGACUGUUAUGAUAAGGUUGAAGGCUGGCUUAGUUCCGCUGCCCUGGACAACCUAGAGGAGUUGGAGCUCACCCCCAAGUGCUCAUACGGCUACCGGGGGGAGUUGUACCUGCUGCACUCGUCGACAUACCGCUUCUCAUCCACGCUCCGCGUGGCCAAAUUCCACUGCUGCCAUUUCCCCAACUUAAUUGUGCAGCUGUCCCUGAAGUUUCCAUGCCUCAAGCAAUUGACCCUGCAAAAGGUCACCAUCUCGGAGGACCCUCUCCAGAGCUUGCUCUCUGGCUGCACUGCCUUGGAAAGCCUUGAGCUGAAGGAAAACAUGGGCACUGGUCGCCUCUGCAUCACCUCCCAAACUCUUAAGAGUUUAGGCUUUUGCGCUAACUCAAGGGAUGGUGGUCUCUUUUUGCAAGAGUUAGUCGUCAAGGAUGCCCCGUGCCUUGAGAGAUUGCUACCACUUAAUCCAAAGGGUGGCACAGCGAGCAUACGGAUAAUCUCGGCACCUAAACUGGAGAUAUUGGGUAUGCUGUCUGAAGACACAUAUGAAUUCCACCUUGGGAGUUCAGUUUUUCAGAAAAUGAUUGCUGUCAAUUUAACAACCAAAAUGCACACCAUGAGGGUUUUGGUUCUCAGCUCUGUUGGCCCUAAUCUGGAUGCAGUUGUGAACUUCCUCAAGUGCUUCCCUUGCUUGGAGAGGUUGUAUGUCAUUUUCCAGUCACCCUCAUACAAGGAUAUGAAUAAUGUCCGGAAGUAUGACCCACUGGACCCAAUUGAAUGUCUUGAGCUUCAUCUAAAAAAAGUAGUGUUGAAGAAUUAUGACGGCACCAGAGAUUCAUCUAUCAACUUUGCCAAGUUCUUUGUUCUGAAUGCAAAAGUGCUAAAGGAAAUGAAAAUCACAUUGCCUUACCACCGCCAGCAUGGAUGGUUUGCUAAUCAAUCCAGCCUGCUACGAGUCAGAAAUAGAGCUUCUCCAGAUGCUCGAAUUGAGAUGAGAUGUGGCACUAAAGAUGAUUUCACACACAACAAGCAUACCCAUGAUCUGUCAAUGGACGACCCCUUUGACUUGCCCUACGGAGGAUGCUAUAUGUGUAAAGAGAAGGGUCUAGGAGAUGGUGUAUACCAAGUUUAAUUAGAACUUGGGCUGCCAAGACCAUCAAUGGGUGGUGCUAGUCACCUUCUGAUGCUGUAAGAAAGGAUGCGGAUCUACUUGACGUAGCGACGGAAUGCUUUGUGGCCUACUCGGGAUUGUACCAGGACAAAGGGGGUGGUGUCUAAGCUCAGGCUUCAAAUCCAAACUUGCGUAAUGUAUUUUAUGUUCUAUUGCUGUUUGGCUUUUUGUAAGCUGGUUGGACCAGCAGUUACUAUAUUUAUGUAUGAUACAACUUGCUUUAGUUAAAACGGAUGGCCUCCAUGCCUUUUGUCUUAAGUUUCUUCCUUUGCGAUUCAUGAAUGCAUACAAACAGAGUGUUUGCAA